CCACAAAGAAAGCCUUCCCCUUUCUUCAACUUCGACUCUAAGCUUUAACACAUCGUGUUGUUCAUCAUCACUACUGGCUGGAUAUUAUUUUGCCCCCAUCUCACACCUUCCUCCUAUUCUUCCUUUCUUCCUCCUCCUCCGAGAUCUAAAAGCUCUCUGCUUUUGUAUCCUUCCCACUUCCUUCUUGAUUCUUACACUGGCAUAGGUAGUAGCGAUCAUCGCCGGUUCCGUUUCCCCCAGAAAAAGCUUUUUAGUAUUUGCCGCUGCUUCUCUUUGUAUACCCACUUCCAACUUGAUCCGUUAAUCAAUUGGGUUCUCUCAUUCUAGUCUCCAUUUGUUUUCUUCUUCAAUUGGCCGCAAGCUCUUGUGCCCUUUGUCUACUUACCCUCUUUCGUCUCUUCUGUCUUGUUCCUUCUGUUGUUUCGGUGCCAGACAGUGCGGGGUGAGUUGCCCUUUCCCCGAUUCGGGAACUUGUUGGGAUUUGCUCAAUUCCUUUCGGUGCCGAAUUGAUUGCCCCGAUCUUUGCUUUGCUAGUUGGAUUCGAUUUGGCUUCUAAGGAAGUUCUAGGUUUUGUUUUGGUGGGAUUCCAUUUCAGAUUUUACUGGGUUUUUGCUGAUCUGGGGUGAAGUUUAAUCCUUUGAAGUUUUGGCUAUCUGGGUUCUUCUUCUCUACUGGUCAAAUUGACACUCGAGAGAGCUUUCAGUACUGUAAGACACUGCGGUUUGUGGGUGGAGGCAGACUCCCGCUUGAUAAAGAAUUUUGGAGAAAGAUUAAUGCUUUGUUGGUGUUGAGAUGCAGCCUGAUCAGCGAAAGAAGUCUGUCGAAGUUGACUUUUUCACCGAGUAUGGUGAGGGGAGCAGGUAUAAAAUAGAGGAAGUUAUUGGCAAAGGAAGUUAUGGUGUUGUUUGCUCUGCAUUUGACACACACACAGGAGAGAAAGUUGCAAUUAAGAAAAUCAAUGACAUCUUUGAACAUGUCUCUGAUGCCACACGCAUCCUUCGAGAAAUCAAACUUCUCAGGCUUCUCCGUCAUCCGGAUAUUGUGGAGAUCAAGCACAUCUUGUUGCCCCCUUCCAGAAGGGAGUUUAAGGACAUCUAUGUAGUUUUUGAGUUGAUGGAAUCUGAUCUACACCAAGUUAUCAAAGCAAAUGAUGAUCUAACACCCGAGCACUAUCAGUUCUUUCUUUAUCAGCUUCUCCGAGGCCUGAAGUACAUACACACUGCCAAUGUGUUUCACAGGGAUCUAAAACCUAAAAAUAUCUUAGCCAAUGCUGACUGUAAAUUAAAGAUUUGUGACUUCGGCCUAGCAAGAGUUGCCUUCAAUGACACUCCCACGGCUAUUUUCUGGACAGAUUAUGUUGCUACGAGAUGGUAUAGAGCUCCAGAAUUGUGUGGGUCGUUUUUCUCCAAGUUUGCUAUUCUGUUAUAUAUGCAGUACACACCAGCAAUAGACAUAUGGAGCAUUGGAUGCAUCUUUUCUGAACUUUUGACCGGGAAACCUCUUUUCCCCGGGAAAAAUGUAGUCCAUCAGUUGGAUCUGAUGACUGAUCUUUUGGGAACCCCAUCUUCUGAAGCAAUUGCAAGGGUUCGCAAUGAGAAAGCUCGGAGAUACCUUAGUAGCAUGCGGAAGAAGAAGCCAAUUCCUUUUACUCACAAAUUCCCUCAUGCAGAUCCUCUUGCACUUAAAUUAUUAGAAAAAAUGCUAGCAUUUGAACCUAAAGACCGGCCUACUGCUGAAGAGGCCCUUGCAGAUCCAUAUUUCAGAGGUUUGGCCAAAGUUGAGAGAGAGCCUUCUGCUCAACCUGUUACCAAGAUGGAAUUUGAAUUUGAGAGGCGAAGAAUAACAAAAGAAGAUGUAAGAGAGCUCAUUUACAGAGAAACACUGGAGUACCAUCCAAAAAUGUUGAAAGAAUUCUUAGAAGGUUCAGAACCAACGGGCUUCAUGUACCCAAGUGCUGUUGACCAUUUCAAGAAGCAAUUUGCAUAUCUUGAGGAGCAUUACGGAAAUGGUGGGCCUGCUGCUACUCCGCCAGAAAGAACUCAUGCAUCAUUGCCAAGGUGUGGCAAGUGUUCUUUCGUUUGGUUUGACAUGCUGCUAUCUUGGGAUUUUAUUCACUGUGUUUACACUACAAUGGUGCAUGCAGGGCCUGUGUAUUAUAUUCAGAUAAGAAUCCUAUGCUGAGCUCAGCAAAAGUAGCAAAUGAUCUUUCUAAAUGUUCUAUCAAAGAUAUCGAGAAGCCACACAUGGACAAGAGUGGUGGUAUCCCUAUGACAAGGCCUCCCAUUCAAGUCCCUCAAAGUAUUCAAGCGGGACCUGCUCGUCCCGGGAAAGUUGUUGGCUCUGUACUGCGAUACAACAACUGUGCCACAGCAGCAGAGCCUGUUGUCGACCAACGGAGAAUGGUUAGAAACCCUUCUACCACAUCUCAAUACACCUCGUCGAACGGUUCGUAUCCGAGAAGAAACCCAGGCUGCAAGAACGACAGGGGAGAAGACGAUGGAAUUGAAGGGUCCAAUGGAUUGCAGCCAAAACCACAGUUCAUGGCAAGGAAAGUUGCUGCUGCUCAAGGUGGACCGGGAAGUCAAUGGUAUUGAUGAUGGUUAUACACAGCCUGGUUGGCUGAGUUUGUAACACUUUGACUUCAAUCUCUCCAUUUUCCCUUAAUGGAGCUGCUAUGAACUGGACUCACCUGCUUCGAGUACUCGGUCAUGCAAUGGACUACUUUGGUGCUAAGGGUGGUUCAAAAGACUGGUCGGAGGGACUAUCUUUUCUUGAGAGGACGAAGUGAAGCAGAGAAUGGAACAGGUUGUGUAAUUUAUUUCUCUAACUGAAAGGUUAAAAAAGCUGUAAUAAACAGGUUCUUGGUUCGUGAGAAUACUGGGAUGUUGCAUGUCUGGUUUAAGCUCAGUAGUCAGCCCACACGAAAGGAGUCUGAUGUUCGUAAAUCAGAGUCGGGUAGAGUUGGCUGGUUGCUUACCAGAUUCUCUGCAUCUCUUGUUCGUUCGUUCUGAGAUAGGAAGUUUUUAUACCCUUUUGUUAUGUUAACCCCAAAUUGUUCGUAUUCACUAUUUGUACACUUCUACUGUCUAUGUAACUUUGUUAAAUAAAGAUCCUGCUUUUUGUGCUUGUGAAUUGUGAUAUUCCAGGGCCAUGGAUCCUUCUAUUUCUAUAGAAGGAAUCCCUAUUGGUUACUGUUUGUGCUCGCUUACUAUUUCAUGC